AUGGUCAACCUCCAACUCAAUGUUUCCAGCUCCUCCGCCCUUCGCCUUGCCCGCCUUAAAGACAUCCCCCAAAUUGGCAUGAUCGCAGCCUCAUCCUUCUUCUAUUCCUCAUGGUUCACUUAUGAGAGAUCUCAUCACGGCAAGUAUCCCACAGACACCCUCUCAAGCUACCGCAAUUCCUUUCGCAAUGCCAUCCUCGACCCUGACUCCAUAGUCCUAGUCGUACAAGACAAUCUUGACCAAUCUGAAAGCAAACACGUGCAUGAAGCGUUGGCUGGGGUAUAUCCUCCGUUUGAGGAGCAAAUUCCGCGAGACUCUCUCAACAAGGGGAAGGCCGUUGUAUCAGUUGCAACCUUGCCCCUACUGCCAGGCUCCCUGCGUCAUGGGCAGUUCCAACCCAACGGGACGGUCCACCAAACACUGACGAUCCGGUUUUGACGCGC